GGGAGUUGAUGAGCCGUCGUCCUCCUCCACGUUCGGAUCUGCACUCUCAUUCUGCCCAAUUCCCUCUCCUGCUGACAACGAAAGAGCAUGGCCGUCACGGCCGCCGCAAUGGCCGUCUCCUCGAUCGUCAUCAACUUCGCACGUGCAUCGCCGCCGCCGACCUCCAUCGCCACGCGUGCUGCCAUACUACUCAAGACAGCACGUCAGAUCGUGGCAGACUACGAAUGGAGACUGAAGGGGAAGGCACCUGCGUGCUUCAAGUUGGGAGAUGGUGACACUGUGAGCUGGAAGAGGAUAAGGAAAAGAGGAGAGAGGACGAGGCCAAGCAGGAGGAGGAGGAGGUGGGAGGAAGAGGCGGAGGAGAAGACGAAGAAGAAGGAGAUGAGGAGGAGGAGGAGGAGGAGGAGGAGGAGGAGAGCGAAGAAGGAAAAGGAGGAGGAGGAGGAUAAGGAGGAGGAGGAGAAGAAGAAGAAAGAGGAGGAGGAGGAUAAGGAGGAGGAAGAGAAGGAGAAGGAGGAGGAGGAGGAGGAGGAGGAGGACAGCAAAGAAGAAAAAGGACGAGGAGGAGGAGGACAGCAAAGAAGGAAAAGGACGAGGAGGAGGAGAAGAAGAAAAGGGGGAGGGGGAGGAGGAGGAGGAGGAGGAGCACGGGGAGAAGGAAAAGUUUGAUUCUGAGGGUUCGCCUGACCCUCUCAAAAGUCGGAUGCAUCUGGAUUGGAUGCAGUCCAAAAGACGUCGGACACUCAGAAGAGAUUUUUGGGCACUUUUUGGCCUUUUCAACCAAGGCCAAUUUCGUGCAAUGAAAAAACAAAAACUCC